AUGAAGCCCAGCACUAGUGCAGACAAGUUCACACCAUCUGCUCGCAUUAGGGAUGCGUUCGUCAUGUUCGCCUCGGGUGACGAAGAUGCGGAGCUUCCUCCAACCCCAAGCAUCGCCGCCGCCCGGGCGGCCGGCCUGGGGCAGGUGAGCACGGGACACCGGCGCGAGGAGGUGAGCGACAAGGCGAGCGUCGCGAAAAAUCUAUUAAAUGUUUCUUUACCUGAUGGUUUUCUUCCAAAGGGAUCACCCAGGACAUCUACUCCAUUUGGUACAGCGCAUGGCAGAGAGAAAAGAGUGUCUAAUGAUGUGGAAAACUAUUACAGACCUUCAAUGCUUGAGGACCCAUGGGCUGGCCUAGAGCCAGUUUCUGUUACAGGCAUAAAUCAACAAUACAGCAGUGAGCGAGCAACAUAUACUGGUAAAAAAGGGAGGUAUUUCAGUUAACAGUUUUUAAGGCCAAAUAACUCCAUCUUGUCAGGAAAACUUUGGGACAAAGUCUUUACACUUAACACAAGAUGAACAGUAUCAAGACCUCAGUUAAUGCUUUUAUUUGACCACGUGUCCACCCUUUUAUCCAACUCUUUUUUUAAUUUCAUCGGAUAUUUUUAUGUAUGGGGAGGGAAAAGGAGUGGUAGGAUAACUUAUGUUUCUGGCUACGUGGAAGUGCCUGCCAACUUUGAAGAACAAAGUGUUCUUUAAUCACCAGCGACUGAUUUGUGACUGUUAAAACAGGUUUCAUAUACUUACCUCUUCCAUGCCAGAUUGUUAGCCUUUUAUUGUUAACUCCUUUAGGAUUUUUUUUUUUUAUGUUUCAACAUUUUUAGAGUGAAAUAACUUGGAAAUAUAAUAAAGUUUUGUAAA